AAGGGCUGCGGGUUGACCGAUGCCUCAGGGUCGGCGGCAGCCAGGGCCAGCGUCUAUAACCUUCGGUUACCACCGAAGGCCUCCAGGUGAUGCAGGUCUUCAUCCAGGCGCCUCAUGGCCUCUCGGCCAUCGAGGUCGAUGGUCACCAGAGCAUUGCCGCAUUGAAGGAGCAAUUGGUGAUCCUCUCGGGUGUACCACGUGAAGAGCAGCGCCUUGUGUUUGGCGGCUGCUCCCUCUCUGACCUCCAGACCUUCGCGGAAUGUGGUGUGGAAGAUGGCUCCACGAUUUUCAUGAACUUGGACUUGAGCGGUGGUGGCAAGAAGCGAAAGAAAAAGACCUACACCAAGCCGAAGAAGAUCAAGCACAAGAGGAAGAAGGUGAAGCUGGCUGUGUUGAAGUUCUACAAGGUGGAUUCCAAUGACAAGGUCACCCGCUUGCGGAGGGAAUGCCCCUCAGAGCAAUGUGGCCCUGGCGUCUUCAUGGCAAUGCACUUCAACCGCUACUAUUGCGGCAGGUGCCAGUUGACCUACCUCAUCAAGAAGGAUGCCUGAGAUUGAUAGAGGCUCUCGGGAA